CAAACCUGGCCCCGAACCCUAUCGAUAGAGAGUGCCACCUGAACCACGUCCCCCUUGCACUUGAACCUAGUCUCCACAAACCAAACCUGCGGCGAACAUGGAUAGAUCGACAAUGAGCUGAACUGAACUCAUCCCAAUCCAAUAUUCUUCCAAUUCUCCACUCUUUCAAUCAUGGUUGAGCAAGCGGUGAAGGGCGUAGUACUGGAUGAUUCUGUACUAUUUCUCAAUUCUAAUGGCGACAAUCCCAAUCAUUCAUUGCGACCCGCUACCGAUGCUCUCAUGCGCCACCUCCAGUAUUCCAUGUUUCGAACGGGAAUUUCUUCCAGGCUGGACUCUUCAGAUUGUAAGGAUAUUAUCAAAGAGAAAGCAGAGUCUCACUCAAUAGAUUGCUUCUCCUUGAAUGCAUUUUUAACAGAAGAUGAUAUUAAUGAAAUCAUGCUAUCUUGGGGGGACAUUCGUAACUCCAUCUUGUAUGUCAUCUCAAGUGAGAGGAAGGAUGAUAUAAAACAACUAAUUGAUCAGGGAUGGCCGGUUGUUGUUUUAAAUGUUCAAGGUGACAGUGCAUGUGAAAAUUUGGGAAGGAUUUGUAUUAGCAAGCUAGAAGAGUUGCCUUUGAGUAUCUGUCGCUUAAAUAUGAAGGCAGAUGACUGUAGCCCCAUCGUAGUUGGUUAUACAAUGAAGCCUUCACGUGAACUUGAUUUUGCUAAGAGGGGUGCCUUUCCUCUGUAUCCUACAGACAAUGGGUUGAUUUUCCUGCCCCUGACGUUUGAUCUCCCUUUAUCAUCUCAAUUGCCUGAGGUUGAUAUGAUUCUCCAUAAAGCAACAGAUGAAAUUCUAUAUGUUGAGCUUAGCAACUCUUCAGAUCUCUCUAACAAAAUAACCUACUCCAGUAGAAUGCAAGAAUUGCAAAGGCAUAUUGAAGUCCACCCAGAUUUAUGCGUACUUGACCCACUUAAUAAUAUAAGACCUGUAUUGGAUCGGUUAGAAACUCAACAGAUUCUUCUCAGGCUGGAGGCUCUCAAAUCUGAAGGCUGCAUAAUCAGGGGUCCUUAUUUUCUCAAGGUUGAUAAUUUUAACGAGGCCAUCUUGGUGCAAAAGCUAUCUGAAGCUAAACUCACUCUUCCUUGUAUAGUGAAGCCCCAAGUUGCUUGCGGAGUUUCUGAUGCUCACAAAAUGGCAAUCAUUUUUGAUGUUGAAGAUCUCAAGAACUUGGAUGUUCCUCUUCCAGCUAUUAUUCAGGAAUACGUGGAUCAUUCAUCAACUCUCUACAAAUUUUAUGUGCUUGGUGAAAAGAUUUUUCACGCAGUUAAGAAGUCUACACCAAACACAAGUACACUGACCAAUUUAAACCAAGGUGUUGGACCAUUAAUCUUUGACAGCUUAAAAUCUCUGCCCAUUGUGAAUGAAAGCCAGCAGCAUUUAGAAGGCAAAAGUUCUGACAAAAAAAACAAGAACAUCAAUAUUGAGCUAGUCCAAAAUGCUGCAAAUUGGCUUAGGAGCGUACUUGAUCUUUCAAUCUUUGGUUUCGAUGUUGUUGUUGAAGACAAGAGUGGUGAUCAUGUAAUUGUGGAUGUAAAUUAUCUGCCCUCUUUCAAGGAAGUUCCUGAUGACAUUGCAAUACCUGCUUUCUGGGAAGCCAUCAAGAACAAGUAUGAAAACUUCAAAAGGGCAAGCCCUUAAAGUGUGUUUCUUCUCCGGAUCUUGUGGAGAAUUUGUCUUUCAAGGUAUUAUGAAUAAGAUGUAACUAGUGUUACCUUGUGGAUUAUUAAUGCUCCGACAGGAUUUGGACAGAAUUGAUUUCAAAUUGGAGGAUUUUAAAAGAUGAAAAUGGUUUCAUAUUUCUAUUUGUUUUUGGAACCAAAUUCUGGUUAUGUCGCUUAUAACAUCUAUGGAGAAGAAAGUCAAGAUACUU